AUGAGUUCCCCCGCUGAGAAGGCACUUCAGUUGGUUAAAUAUCUGCCACGUGCUAGUCUGAAUAAUCUGGUGAAAAAUCCGUACAUCAAGAGGAAGAACUUCUACCAGCGUGGUAAAUAUCGCGAAGUUGAGGCCAUCAAUAAGAGCAAUCGAGAGCGGCGGCGAUUCUGGCCUGUCGGCUAUGAGGGCGGCCGGACGCCGUUCUACAUGAAAAUCCCCAUUGAGAACUACUACGCCGACUUCAAGCAUCGUCGCCAGUAUCCACCGCUCAGUUUGGUGAAGCUCCAACUGCUCAUUGACAAUGGGGCACUCAACCCUGAAGAGCCCAUUGAUCUGGCUUCCAUCUGCAAUUCGCACUUCUUCAAAAUGGACCCAAAGCUGCACCACUACGGCGUCAACCUGGUGGACGAAGGAAUGGACAGCUUCAAGAGCAAGAUCAACAUUAAAGUCCAGCACGCCUCAGAGCAGGUCAUCGCUGCUGUUGAGCGACACGGCGGCAGCAUCACCACGGCUUACUUUGACAUGAAGAGCGUCAUGGCCCUGCACAAUCCAGCCAAGUUCUUCGAGAGCGGGCAACCCAUUCCGAAAAGAGAACUUCCAACCGAAGAUGCCUUCGAGUACUACAGCAACCCGAAAAACCGAGGAUACCUUGCUGAUCCUGCCGAAGUCGAGGUGGAGCGGAAGCUACUGGCGCAAAAGUACGGCUACGAGUUGCCCGAAGUGAAGGAGCCGCUGAUGACGAUUCGAAAAGACCCACGGCAGUUGUUUUACGGCCUAGAGCCCGGGUGGCUAGUCAAUCUGCGCGACAGGGAAAUUCUCCGCCCAACCUCGGCAAAGUACAUCGAGUAUUACCGAAAUUAA